AUUUUAAAGAAUUUUUUUAGGGAAAACCCCUACAUUCUGGACGCCUUUUCAAAGCACGACGCUUAAGAUUUAAGUUAGAAUUCAGAAGUCAGACGCUGAGACCUUAAUCACACACAACCGAACAAACACUUCCACCGCAAAAGAGCAAGCUCUUUGAUUCCCUUUCGCACCUGGAGAGAAGUUAUGGAAGCGAAAUUUGUGGAAUUUUUCCAGUCCGUUGGGAAUUUUUUCACCGGCGGUGAUCACAUCCCUUGGGCCGAUGCCGACAUCGUAGCGGGCUGUGAACGUGAAGUUGCUGAGGCUGAAAAAGGCUCUUCUGAUGAGCUUAAAAGAGAAUGCAUCAUGCGUUUGUCAUGGGCUCUUGUUCAUUCCAAACGCCCUGAGGAUGUACAAAGAGGCAUAGCAAUGCUAGAAGCUUCUUUGAGUGGCGGUGCAAGCCCUCUGCAAAUGCGGGAAAGGAUUUAUCUUCUAGCUGUUGGUUACUACAGGAGUGGUGACUAUGCAAGGAGUAGGCAGCUUGUGGAGCGAUGUUUAGAGAUUGCACCUGAUUGGCGUCAAGCAUUGGGCCUUAAGAAAGCAAUUGAGGAGAAAAUCACAAAAGAUGGAGUAAUUGGGAUAGGGAUUGCUGCGACUGCUGUUGGACUUGUGGUAGGUGGAAUUGCUGCAGCACUUUCUCGCAAGAAAUGAUUUCAGAAGUGUAAAUCGCCAACUCAUGCGUCCAUUGUUUAUAAAGAUCUAGUUUCUCGCGGUAGCACAAUACCGAGGAAAUGACCCUAUAUUGCCACACAAUGCUGAAUCAUUAGUUUUUUACUUGCGUCUUAGUUCUUGCUAUCUAGUUUAUGAAUCAAUCACUGCUUCGACUUUGAAACAGUUUUUUUCCCUUGAGUUUCAUGUUGUUAAAGCCUUGAGUUCUAUUUUUAUUUUAAGUAUCGAUCAGAAACUUGUGAAAGUAAGCAUAACCCACUGUUGGGAUUACUAUGUAAUAGUUUUGUUUGGACAGGGAUGUUUUCUAUAUGUGCAACUUGCAUCUACGCCUGGUUAGUUUUAUUAUACUGGCACCAUGCUGUUAUCCUCAUCGAAAACUAUUUCGUUAAGUAUCUCAAAAGUCCUAUGAAGCCGGUGGAGUCCUUGCUUCUUGCUCUCAGUUUUAAGAAAAUAAUUUACAUCCUAAAUUGUGAAUUAUAUUCAAAACCAGUAUACAUUUAUAUGCAGAUUUGGAAAGGGGCCAAACUGAAAAGGGAAAUCUUUUGUCUGUUUUAGUAGCAUGCAUCUAUCUAGAUCAGUGCAGAAUGUGGUGAUGUUGAUCAAGAAGGAAGUCAUAAUUAGAGUUAAUGGGUUGCAAGAGAUCAGAUUAGUCCAUUGCUGAAGAGAAGUGUUGCAGUGUUUCUUUUAGCCUAGGCAGGUUAAUGUAGAACUCUGUUAGAUUAUCAUUAAAUAUACCAAAUGUACAAAGCUGAGUAGUAAAAUAGAGGUAAAGAUGAGACUUUUGGGUGUUUUAUUUGAUCUAUAAAAGUCU